CAGCUCAGGCAGGAGCGCAGCGGUGGGAGCGCGUGAGGACAGGCAUCUAAACAACGACCCAAGGCUGCAGGACCGCUCCAAAAGGCCACCGCACCCAGGGGAGCAGAGGAUCCGCGAGCACCGGCACCCAAAGCAGAGCCCCACACGCUGCUGCUGCAUUCACCUGCACCCUUCGCAGCGACUGCAGCCCAGGGGUGCUCCGGAGCUCACCCGAGCUGAAGAGCCGCUGGAAAGCCGUGAAACGGGCCCGGGGCUCAGAACUCUCCAGGUAGCAACAGACAGAAGCGGGAACUCCCGAGGUGCCAGGGACUGCCGCGACUGAGCAUCUAGAGCGGUGGACGCCCCCUGGGGGUCCCAGUGAUCUUGCCGCCUUGGGGGCGCCGAUUCCCUGGCUGGUGGGCGCCGCCGGGAGGGAGAGGAGCGUCAUGGAGGCUCUUAGCAGCGCUGGUCUACAGCAUCAGAAGUGAGGUGGUCCUGCCGGAGUCGGCGGCUCCCCGCGGAUCAUGUACGGCGACGUGUUCAACGCCACUAGCGGGCCGGAGGCGGCGGGAAGUGGCGCGCUGGCCCCCGGAGCCACGGUCAAGGCAGAGGGCGCUUUGCCACUGGAGCUGGCCACCGCGCGUGGAGUUCGGGACGGCUCGGCCACCAAGCCUGACCUGCCCACCUACCUGCUGCUCUUCUUCCUCCUGCUGCUGUCCGUGGCGCUCGUCGUCCUCUUUAUCGGCUGCCAGCUGCGCCACUCGGCCUUUGCUGCGCUGCCCCACGAUCGCUCGCUGCGCGACGCCCGUGCGCCCUGGAAGACGCGACCGGUAUAGGGCAGAAGGAGUCAGGGCCACGGGGAGCUUGGGUCUUGGCCUUGCAGAAAGUGUCCAGCAGGAGCCGAGUAGGGUGGGCUCCGGAGUCUCCCAAAGACCAUUUCGGACCUGGAGAAUAAGGGGUGUUAGGAGGUUGCCUGGGGUCCUGGUCCCAGUGCCUAAAAGUACUCCCUAGGCGAGUACCCCCUCCACCACCUACAACAGGUCCUGUCAGGGAACCACCCAGAAAGACCCGCCAGGGCACAGGAGCCUUGCCUGCCUGGUGAGUUCCUGACUUUGCUCACAGGCGGGCAGCAGGCAAGGAGAGCGCAGGACUAAUCAGGAGCUGUCUGUGCGGACUGGACUCCCCGGCCCUAUGGGCUGUCUGCAGUUGCUCCCUUCUUGCUCCCUGACACUGGGGAUCCGAUAGAGAAAUGACACAAGGUUUCAGUGUGUCCUGCUUGGGUUCCAGUACCCAGUUUCCUCUGAGAGCAGGGGCUGGGGGACUGGUGGAGGGACAAGUGAUUACAGCCACCGCCAUGGGGGUGCUUGCGGCAACGGAGAGUCUGCAUCUCAUGUCUCCACCCAGCACGUUUCUACAAUAAAAGCUCACCGAAUUAGAUCCGGCACCGAAAACACUGAUUGAUCAUUGGUUGCACCGUUUGGGAAAGGGAUUAUGAAGGGCCCAUCCCCAGGACGAAUAGACCCAAGGCCGACCCACCUCCCCUGCGAGGGUCAGGGUAGUGUUGGGCUGGCUGAGCAGUAAUGUCUCUUCCUCGUGUUGGACCUGGAUUCCCCUGGAACAGCAGCAUGUGGCCUCUCUGUCCUCUCUAAUAUGUAAGCGUGACACAGUGUGACGAUUACAAUUUAGAUAGUAUUGUGGACUGAAUGUGGAUGUUUUCCUUAAAUUGUACCUGGAGGUCCUGAUUCCCAGACUGGCUGCACUAGCACUAUGGAACUGGAGCUUCAUGGGGGCAUGGGUGACGCUUCCAUCUGCUCCUUGUUCCCUGCGGCUGAGAAGGCUCUGUGAACCCAUACAGAGAUGCUGGCCAUCUAUAAACCCUCAUCAGAAACUAAAUUAACCAGAACCUUGAGACUGGACUUCCAGCUUCCAGGACUAUGGGAAAAUAAAUUU